GGUGUCCCUUCGUGGACAAGCGACUCCUUCGUGAGUCAGUACUGGUGUCAGAAACGAUGUCUACUUGAGCUUUCUGAGAGCCGCUGGUUCGGCCCCCAUCUAUGCCAAGCGGCAUCAAACAACGGGGUUUUCAAGCUGUUGUUGACGAGCUCAGCAACAUGCUUGCGUACGAGUCAACAGCGGCUAGGAAUUCGAGCCUUAACUGAUCUUCGGAAUCUGAAAAUAAGACCAGGUCAAAGCAUUGUAGACUUCUGUGUAGUACUAGAAAGCCUAGGAAAGAAAGCAAACCCUGAAAGUACAAUCGAAGACCGUUCAAUGGAAUACGCACAAAUUGUACUAGAAAACCUGAAAGAUUGGCCGGAGCAAGUUCAAAUUUUGAGUGCGUUGCAUAGCGUAGAGCCGAGACACGCAUAUGAUAAAAUCAAAGAGUUAGCCAUCAGCAUUGAGCAAGCUAACGCGAUCAACGGUAAGCGCGGGACGUUAUAUAACGCAAGACCCCGUCAAAACUGGAGGGUGAGAGCAAGUGAGUAUAAGCGAAAAGAUGGGUAUGGCGAGGAGCUUCAAAACACUGAUAGAAAUGGACAUCAAGAAUGCACAAGAAACGUAACCGUUGUGCCAGAACGAACACAACUGUUGAGAAGAACACAUUCUUCAAACUCAAGAGAAAGAUGUGAAAUCCAGAAAAACAGCAAUGAUUCUCGUAAAUGUUACAACUGUAAUAGGUAUGGCCACAUUGCUUGGCAAUGCCCCCUGAAAGAUCCCAAAGUAAGGCAAGUAAGUUGUGACAGUGGAGAAAGAACAAGUGUCAAACAGAGCAAGCCACUUACAACUAUGAUCAAUGAGAAUCGAUCCAUGGGUAUAAAGACUGAAAGGGGAGGCAGUGUCGAAAAAAUGACAUUAUUGGAGAAAAAC